UCCACAGUCAUGGGGAUAUACACACACAACCAACCAAUCAUAUGCAAAUAUUUGAAAUAUAUUUUAUUAAAACUGGAAUUCCUAAUGUAUCCUUUUGGGGUUACUCAAGGUCGUCUCAUGUUGAUAGGUGGCCUUCUCAGAUCGGCUACACAGGAGAGAUAUGAUGAUCAUCGUCAUCAUCAUGGGACGACCCAUCCCGAUUUUGUAGGAAUAGUACUAAUCAGUACUCUAUUAUUACAACAACUGGGUCGUGCUUGAUCGAUGGGCAUUAGGACCUCCAGAUUUCGUCGUCCUUUCUUUCCAAGAUCCACUUCCAAAUCUCUUCCUUCUUCAACACACCUCCGACACACCACCAUGAAAACAAGAAAUUUGUUCGGGAUUUCUCUCUCUCUGAUUAUCAUCAACAUGGCCGCUAUAAUGGAGCGUGCCGAUGAAAAUCUCCUCCCAGCUGUUUACAAAGAAGUCAGUGAAGCUUUCAGUGCUGGGCCAUCUGAUCUCGGGUAUCUCACAUUCAUGAGGAACUUUGUGCAGGGACUAGCAUCACCCUUGGCAGGUAUAUUAGUAAUCAACUAUGACCGCCCUACAGUUCUUGCGAUGGGCACCUUGUGUUGGGCCUUAUCAACGGCUGCAGUGGGUGCAAGCCAGUUUUUUAGGCAAGUUGCAUUCUGGAGAGCAGUGAAUGGCUUUGGGCUGGCAAUUGUGAUACCAGCGCUUCAAUCGUUCAUAGCUGAUAGCUAUAUGGAUGGUGUGAGGGGGGCUGGAUUUGGGUUUUUGAGCCUUGUUGGUACUGUGGGCGGCAUUGGUGGUGGUGUUCUCGCAACGGUUAUGGCAGGUCAUGUGUACUUUGGCUUGCCUGGAUGGCGAUUUGCCUUCCUUAUGAUGGCAACUUUGAGUGCCCUUAUUGGGUUCCUUGUUUUUCUGUUUGUGGUUGACCCAAGGCAAAGAAUUAGCUUUGAUCGUGAUUCUGGCCAAUAUCCUGAUAGUAGGGAAGAUUUGGUACAUAAGGGUAGUGUCAAUACAUCGUCACUUUGGAUGGAGUCAUGGACGGCCACAAAAGCUGUUGUGAAAGUGCCUACAUUUCAGAUCAUUGUUUUGCAGGGCCUUGUUGGUUCACUUCCAUGGACAGCCAUGGUGUUCUUCACAUUGUGGUUUGAACUAAUUGGUUUUGAUAAUAACAGGGCGGCUGCACUACUCAGUCUUUUUGCAGCGGGAUGUGCCAUUGGAUCGCUCAUCGGUGGAAUAAUAGGAGAUGGAAUGUCUCGCACCUACCCUCACUAUGGUCGUAUCAUGUGCGCGCAAUUCAGUGCUUUCAUGGGCAUCCCUUUCUCAUGGUUUCUUCUUACUGUGAUCCCACAGUCAGUGAACAGUUAUUUGACCUUUGCAAUCACUCUUUUUCUCAUGGGUCUGACUAUCAGUUGGAAUGGCACUGCUGCAAAUGGCCCCAUGUUUGCCGAGGUGGUCCCUGCAAAACACCGGACUAUGAUUUAUGCAUUUGAUCGCGCUUUUGAAGGUUCCUUCUCUUCUUUCGCUGCUCCCAUUGUUGGGCUUCUCGCUGAGAAGAUAUAUGGGUAUGAUCCAAAGUCGGUUGAUCCAGUUUCAGGUUCUACCCGGGAGGCCUACGCAUUGUCGAGGGGGCUUUUUUCAAUGAUGGCAGUUCCAUUCGGUUUGUGUUGCGUGUUUUACACACCUUUGUAUUGGAUUUUCAGGAGGGACCGGGACAAUGCUAGAAUGGCCAGUUUAAAAGAGGAAGAGAUGAUAUGACGAGCGGUGUUUGAUUUUGCGUGUAUUAAUCUCGUGACUAGUUUUUCUUCUUCUUUUUUUUUUGUGUUUUUUUAAUUAUGUCUAGGACAUCAUUUUAGGUAUUGGGACAGUCACACUGUAUUGGCUUGCUUUUUUCAGGCCAUUGUAUUGAACUAAUUUAAUUGUUCAUUCUUUCUUAGUGAUGGGCAAAUUGGUUUCUGCCAUAGAAUUUUGAUGCUUCU